CAGAGCUAUUAUCCUGGCUGAAGGAUUUGCAGAAGAAUCUUCACAACCCUCCAACUGUUGAGUAUCAGCCUGAAAAGGGGCAAAUGGAGUUGUGUGUCACCACCGGCAGUCAAGAAGGGUUGAGUAAAGUAUUUGAAAUGCUGAUUAAUCCUGGAGACACGGUCCUUUUAGAUGCGCCCACCUAUCCCGGGACACUGGCAGCUCUGAGGCCGUUGGGCUGCAACAUUGUCAAUGUUCCCAGUGACCAACAUGGCAUUAUUCCAAAAGCCCUGAAAGAAGUUCUUUCCAGGUGGAGCCCAGAAGAUGCCAAAAAACCUAACAGCAGCCUCCCCAAAUUUCUCUACACAAUUCCUAACGGUGGCAAUCCUACUGGAGCCUCACUGACGACAGACCGCAAAAAAGAUAUCUAUCAGGUAUAUUCAUUAAAUGUGCAUUUAAUGUCACUGCUCUAGCAAAAAAAAAGUGGGGAAAGUGGUUUCACACACAUCACGCGGACCUGCUGGAUAUUAUGUCUCAGGUACUAGCAAAAUAUUGACUAAUAAAGAACAUAGU